AUGGCAGAUGCUGGUGGGUCCAAGGAAAAAAAGACAAAAGAACCAAAGAAUCAAGUACAUCAGGAAGCUAUUUUGGUAGAAACAAUAAAAAAAGAACUCCGACAGCAAAAACUCUUUACAAAUUAUUCCGUAAAUCCCUUUAAAAAAUCUGAAGCAUUAACUCCAAAGCCGAAUGUAUAUCCAGAUGAGAACGAAGGAGAAGAUUCAUCAUUCAUUGAUAUAAUUCAUCGUGCUAAUCUUGAACCGGAGAAAAAAUAUUCACAACCGCAGACAACAGCACAAGAGGUCGGAUGGUACCAUGAGCCAUUGCUUAAAAUAAAUCGUUCAGAUGCACGACUUAAUUUUCCAAUGAUUCGGUCUGAAAUAUCAGCAUACGCAGAAGAAUAUUUCAAAUUCAAACCGAAAAAAUAUGAUAAAAGUAUUCGAAGUGGUCCUGAGACAACCGCGAAGCCGACUUAA